AUGUUAGCCUUUUCCACAAUUCUACUCUUAUUUCUAUCAAAUACCCUAGCAUCUGGAUCAAACAUUACUCAAUAUGGUACUGAUGUUGUAGAAGUCAGAAAUAUUGAACUAAAACAGCGUAGCUACUCGUAUAAUCUCAUCCUGGAUCACUCUAUUCACCAACGUUAUCAGAAUUCAUUUGAUUAUUUCAUCGGUGUCCCAUCAGAAGUCUUUACAAAGAUACCUGGUCUCACCUUUAUUGUUCAUCAUACAAAACCAAUGCUCUAUCGCUUAAGCUUCCAGGCACUAUGUACAGUGUCGACACGUGAUAGCAACGGCUAUCUACGCUUUUUGAUCGAUGAUCGUGUACUCAUUUCAAACUAUCUUCUUCCCAAUAAUGACCAACGACAAAAGUCAGCUCCUGAACUCGGUGAUAGUGUACUUCAAAUCGAUCAUAGAGGUGGUGGCGUUCUGUAUAGUGGAGGUAGUCCCGGCACAGGGUUGGCAUGUCUGAAGUGGGAUGAUGUUUAUAUGCGUGAAGGAACACAUCUUGUGGAAGUUGCUGGGCGUGCAGGUUCUGGUGUACUUCGUGUUAUUGGUGGGCAACUGUCAGUUGACUUGAUACAAUACGAUUCAACUGCGAAUAUUCAAUUACCUUUUCCAAUUAUACGCUAG